UUCAAUUGGAGUAAAGAACUUCCAACUCAUCCGUCAAUGCCUCUUUCUCCGUCUCUAAAUUAAUCAUUGAUUGGUGAAAUUUGACUCUUCCUCAAGCUUUUAAAUCCAAAAUCCUAUUAAUUCUAGACGAAUUUAUUGUGGGAUCAAGGGUUUUUCGAAUUUUUCUGACCCCUUUCAAACCCUAGGUUUUGUAGUAACUGCUGCUCUGAAUCUCGGUUCAUAUUCUGUGUUGACGUUGAACUCAAUUUGUUACUGGUGAUGGCGGCGGAGGAGGUUGAGUACGAGAGCGAUCCGGAGGAGGCGAAGUUGUCGUUGAAGAUGCGGCGGAGGGAGGCGAGCGACGACGAAGAAGAGGCGGAGCAAGGGGGGAAACCGCCGCGGAGGAUUGAGUCGGACGGGGAAUCUGAAGGUGCGGUGGCGGAGUAUGAGGAGGAGUUGGAUGAUUAUGAUUUGGAUGAGGAGGAUAUAGGUAAAGAUGUUGCGGAGGUGGUGGCGGUGGAGAGAGAGGAGAGUGAGAGUGAGAGGGAAAGAAAUUUUGAGGGUAAUGUCGAUGCAGGUGAAAAUAAUGAUGGGGAUAAGAAUGCUGGUGAUGGGGAGCAUGAGGAAGAGAAGAAGGAAGUAGAGCCCUUCUCUGUGCCGACUGCGGGGGCAUUUUACAUGCACGAUGACAGAUUUCGAGACAAUGCUGGCGGGCGAAAUAGGCGAACCCUUGGAGGAAGAAAAUUGUGGGAGUCUCAGUCUCAAGAUGAUAGGAAAUGGGGGCACGAUAAGUUUGAAGAGCUGACUAUGCAGGAAAGGCAUCAUGAACAGGGUAGAAGGGGUGCUAGGGGACGCCAUAGGGGCCGCAAUAGAAAUAGAGCCACAGACACUGGAUUUGCACAAGUAAACCGACCCAAAGAAUACACAAAUAACAGCACAGAUAAUAAUAAUUAUCAGGGCAGUGCUCCCAAGGGUGUUAGGGGGCGAGGGCCUCGAAGAUAUCAACCAUCCUUUAAGAACAACAAUGACUCUCCAGCUACACAAAACAAAUACCCUGGGAAAUCAAUUGAAAAGCAUUCCCAUGUCAGUUCUCGAAGGAGUAGUGAACCUGUAUCUAAUGCAAAACCUGAUGUAGUUCCUAGAAAACAAGUAGCCUCCAAUUUGAACAUUGCUUCCCCUCCAUUUUAUCCUACUGGUUCUUCCACAAAAGAUAACACUGCACCCCCUAAGAGGGAUGUCCAUGCUAGUACAGUUAAUCGUGGCCAGCAACCAGUGGUGGGUGGGAAUUUUACUAUGUCGCAGUCUACUGCUACAAUGCGAGGAAAAAAUAUAGUGGAGUCCAUCGGUCAACCUCAGUUAAGGGGCCAAGUAAGAGGACCAGGUUCCUUCACACAGAUGGCUUACCAACCAGUUGUCUCUAAUAACCAACAUGACAGGGUUCCACUGCCUAACCAGCAACAAAAUGUUCAGAGGAAUUCUGGUCAAAUUCGUGCUCAGUCUUCUCUGCAAGGUUCUUCCCAGCAGUUUAAGCAACGUGUGCCCAGUAAUUCACAAGCAUUCUCUCCACCUAAAGCUGCUGGUUCUGUAAAUACAUCUGAAUCUGGGGAUGUGGAAUCUGCUUCUGAAUUAAAUCAGCCUAAGACCGCAUUGGUUGCUAAAGGAAAAGGGAGUGCUCCCGGCAGCACUAAGGGCUCGUUCCUAUAUGGUGGAGCUCAGGUUAUGGGAUCCUCUGCCAGUAUGGGCAGUGGCCCCGGCGAUCAAAACUUCCCAGCUUUCUUACCAGUCAUGCAAUUUGGAGGCCAGCACCCUAUUGGGGUUCCUGCUGUUGGCAUGGCCUUUCCUGGAUAUGUUGGUCAACCACAACUUGGCAGUCUAGGGAGUUCCGAAAUGACUUGGCUUCCUGUUUUAGCGGGUGCUGCUGGAGCGUUAGGUGCAACAUAUUGUCCGCAAUAUUUAACUGUUGAUGGUUCAUAUAAUGCUCGGCCUUCUGGGCAGGCAUCUUCCACAGAAGCUGCUUCAAGCAAAGAGAAUAGCAGUGCAACAAAAGGUCCUUCACAGAGGCCUGAUCCUGCAAAUGAUGAUUUCGGGCAGAGGCAAAAGAACCCUCGCAGAUAUACGGAGAUGAAGUUUGACCAGUGAAGUAGCUGGAUGGCUUGGUUGUCUUGGAAUAAGCAUAUAAUCCAAAAUCUUUAGAGUCCUUCAAUCUGUUGGGUGUAGCAGAGUGUUUGGGUGUGCGUUUGGUGCAGGCAUUCUUCCAAGGCCCAUUGUCUUCUCCAGUCGUUGAUCUGGAGUACAUUGGGGUACUGCACUUUCUCAGAUAUUUUAGGUAUUGACUUAAAGUUACAGUUUUAAAUAAUCUUUCUUGCAUUUUCCCCUUUUGCUUCCUUGUUGGAUAGCCUGGAGUUGUUAUCUUGUUUGCCCAUUAAUCUGUCUUGGCUGCUAGGGUAAAAGAAGUGCAAUGGAAUGGAGCAUUAUCUGAAAUAGAAAGUCUGAUUAUUCGACUAACUAAGCUAUUAACCGUGACAGUUUGAAAACACAUCUAUCCUUGUCCAGGUUCUUGAAAACGCCUGAUCCUGCUGCCUUAAUUUGAUGAAGAACACUGCAGCUUGACAGGUUAUUGUGCAUUAGUCUUUACCUGAACCAUGCAAGAAGAUUGUUAUGGAGCUUUCAAAAAUAAAGAAUGAGAAGUAUUAUUGUGCCGCUGCUGCUUGCUUUAUCAAACUACGUUAUUAUGUGGACGUUAUUUUCUGUCUAAAUAUCCAAUCAAAUGGUUCGUUGUCUUGCAGUUUCUGGUAUUUUGGUUUGAAUUGAACUUUAUUCUUCACCUAUGAGCCACUGUUAAUAUAUGUACUUGGGUUGAAAAUAAACUGAUUUCUUGGUAUUGGAUCCCUUCAAAACUUUUCAUGAUGAUGUUAAGUUGCUGUA